UAAUGGAGCCCGAUGGCCGCUGUAGUACUGGCCGGUGUGUUAGGCUCGGACCUGCCACUGGCAGCGGUGCCCUGUGCGUGAGCCGUGGCUGACCCGCUCCAGCCAGCCUCCGCGCCACUCGCUCUGCACUACAGCGGGGCCGUCAUCCAAGGUGACUUGCGGGCCCCUGAGAUGUUGACGCAUGCCGCCGUUGGCAUGGCAGCAACCUGCAUGGCACGGAAGUGAGCGGUGGACUGGCUCUGGGGGGGGGGGGGGGGUACUGUCCCUCCCCUUGGGACUGAGAUUGAAGGGGAACAUGGUAGACUGGCGGCUGCCUCGUCACAUAGCUGCCGGUGAUUAUGGCUAAAUCUGUCCUGUGCUCGUCAGCUGUACAUUAUCUCUGUUUACCAUCUUUGUGUUUACUUACUUUAUAAUGUUUGGAGAAAUCCUGCUUUUUAUUAUUGAUUUAGCUUUUGCCCUAAUUUGAGUCUUCUUGAAGCGACUUCCACACAUUGACCUGAUUCUCACUAUAAAGUUUUUUUUUUUUUUGUGGUACAAAUGGGAUCCAGGGAUAGAUCCUACUCAGAACAAGGGUGGGGAUGCAUGGUGAUUUAUUUAGUUUAUUUUUUUUACUUUUUCUGGUAAGCAGUCAGGCCCUAACUGACAGCCCUAAAGAGGCACUAUGCCUAUCUGCUACACUGGUCUCUCCCUAGGUCACAUGACCAUCCAACACAUGUGCCUAAUCCUACCCGACCCGAAGUGCCGCUUUCUCCACUGAUCUGUGGGCCACCCCCCCGUCCUCAUUCAGAUGGUCAGCAGUGGUAUUUUGGCUGUCCAGAUAUAUGUAAAUGCCUGUUUAUUUGGGAUGAAUAUCUAUAAUGUAGUAUUUACUAUACUGGCUCAGUUUCAGCAGUGUGUUGUGACCUGAAUCCCAGAUCGUCUGUGGUUGUGAGCCAUCCUGGGGCUGCGCCCCCACGCCUUCCCUCUCAACAAACCCAUUUGCUUCCUAAUAGGAUUCGGUCUGCCCCCCCCUCUCCCCACCUCCUCCCAUUUUUGUAUUCCCGGCCGUAUCUCGGUGAAUUUAGCUAUAUUUCCUGCCAUUUAUUUAAGGAGCCAGAUUAGGAUGUGGGUGUUUAUGUGGGGCAGCAGGAAUGGUAGACUGGGGCGAGUGUGCCCGUGUUUGUGCCCGUGUUUGUGAACGUGUGUUACGGUGCCUUGCUGUCCCUCUUCGCCGGCGGUGAUGACAUCACCUUGGCUAAAAGCGAUUACAUCCUGUGUAGUUUGUCUUUAAGCAUAAUGAGCUCGUUAUCCAUUUGCCACCUGUGUGGGGACAUGCGACUGUGCACGUUCCCACUAGUAAGUAGCUAAGUGCACGAAAAGAUCUGUGAACUUUCAGUUUCUAUUCGGCCGAGAUCGUGAAGCGCCUCAGCGCCAUCUGUGCCCAGAUCAUCCCCUUCCUGUCUCAGGAGCACCAACAGCAGGUGGUGCAGGCAGUGGAGAGGGCCAAACAGGUCACCAUGGCGGAGCUCAACGCCAUCAUCGGGCAGCAGCAGCUCCAGCACCUCUCACACCACUCCCCCGGCAUUCCGCUCAUCCCCCACCCAUCGGGACUCUCCCUGGGGGGCGGCUCCGGGCUCCUGGCCCUCACUGGAGCCCUGUCCAUGCCGCCGCACCUGGCCAGCAAGGAGGAGCGAAACCUGCUGGACCUGGAGCACAUGAGAGAGGGAGUACCCAGUCGAAGUAAGUCCGUGUCCUCGACGGAUAGCCAGCCACCAGAGGAGCGCCAGGGCCCCUCGGGGGGGUUCUCGUCUCAGGGCGGGGGCGACGGAAAGAGGAGGCGCUGUGAGGAGAAGGACACGCUUCCGUCGCACUAUGACAGCGAAGGGGAGAAGAGUGAAGAAAAUUUGGUGGUGGACGUCUCCAACGAGGAGCCCAUCUCUCCAAGCGAAAGCCAAAUGAACUCCCCCCAUGGGAAUGGGAUUGACCGAGCCCCCACCCUCAGGAAAGAGCUGCCCAGGUCGCCCAGCCCCUCCGAUGCCCCCUCCUCAUCCCCCGUUUCCAGCCCCACACCAAACAAGACCAAGGAUCCCCCGCAGGCUGAGAAGGCGCAGUCGCCCUGUUCGAAAUCGAGCAGCCCCUCCCCUUCCCACCGCGACACCCUCACCCCGGCCCCCCCAGGUCCCAGCACAUCCUGCUUGCGCCUGGUCAGCAAGGCGGCCUCGUCUGCCGACCCCCUCGCUCUGCGCAGCUCCCUGUCUGCUGCCCCCAGCUCAUACCUUGCCCACUUUGGCGUGGUGUCCCACACGGGGCUCAAUGGAGAGCUCACCAGUCCAGGGGGAUUUGGGGGAGCACUGACCUUGUCCCCACAGAUCAGCGUGGGUUCCAGUCCGUACACACGCAGUCCGAUGACAUACGAGUCACGCUCUCACCUCAGGCCCCCGGGGCUGUCCUCGUCACUGCCUGCAGCUACACUGGGCAAACCCGCCUACUCCUUCCAUGUGAGCGCAGAUGGGCAGAUGCAGCCGGUCCCCUUCCCUCCGGACGCCCUGCUGGGCCCGGGCAUCCCGCGCCACGCCCGGCAGAUCCACACCCUGAACCACGGGGAGGUGGUCUGUGCCGUCACCAUCAGCGCCUCCACGCGCAACGUCUACACCGGCGGCAAGGGCUGCGUGAAGGUGUGGGACAUCAGCCAGCCGGGCAGCAAGAGCGCCAUGGCCCAGUUGGACUGCCUGAACAGAGAUAAUUACAUCCGGUCCUGUAAGCUGCUCCCCGACGGGCGCACCCUCAUUGUCGGGGGGGAGGCCAGCACACUGUCCAUCUGGGACUUGGCCACGCCCACCCCCCGCAUCAAGGCCGAGCUGACGUCGUCGGCCCCCGCCUGCUACGCCCUGGCCAUCAGCCCCGACAACAAGGUCUGCUUCUCCUGCUGCAGCGACGGCAACAUCGUGGUCUGGGACCUGCACAACCAGACCCUCGUCAGGCAGUUCCAGGGCCACACGGACGGGGCCAGCUGCAUCGACAUCUCUAACGACGGAACCAAGCUGUGGACGGGGGGGCUGGACAACACGGUGCGCUGCUGGGACCUGCGGGAGGGUCGGCAGCUGCAGCAGCAUGACUUCACCUCCCAGAUCUUCUCCCUUGGAUACUGUCCCAUGGGCGAGUGGCUGGCCGUGGGCAUGGAGAGCAGCAACGUGGAGGUUCUGCACGUCUCCAAGCCCGACAAGUACCAGCUGCACCUGCACGAGAGCUGCGUGCUCUCGCUGAAGUUCGCCUACUGCGGCAAGUGGUUUGUGAGCACCGGGAAGGACAAUCUGCUGAACGCCUGGAGGACUCCCUACGGAGCCAGCAUAUUCCAGUCCAAGGAGUCCUCAUCCGUCCUGAGCUGUGACGUCUCCCCGGACGACAAAUUCAUCGUGACCGGCUCUGGGGACAAGAAGGCGACAGUGUACGAGGUCGUCUACUGAGGCCCGUCGGGGGGGUCCCCGACCCCGACCCCGGCCCGCAUCACCUGGCGGCCGGUAGGGGCAGAAAUGCAGUGGGUAAUUAGUCCAGUUUCCUGAUUAAGUGCUCAGUGGGAGCGAUCACCCCGAGGAGCGGCACAGCACUCAGGGGCCCGAGCGGAGGAACUCCAAUACCAGACAAUCGAUUCAUUAGUCCGUCAGUCAUGCGGUAAUGAGGCAGUCUGCUGUCCCCAGAGCAGCCACAUUCGCUUCUCACCCUUCAUCCUAUUAAGUAUUAAUAUCCCAUCUCCGUCUCCUUAAGACGCGCUUUAUUUCUGCCUUUCGGAGUCGCCGCUUAAUGGGUGGAAGUCCCAGCAGGUUAAGCAAAAUGACACCAGCCGCCAGUGUUCAGUUUAACCACGGCACUAACACAUUUUUUUAUGGCUGCUGGAAGCUAUAAAUGAGUCACGGCCUACAGACACGCACGAUGUGAUUAACAUUCUUGUUUAUACUCCCUGUGCCCUGAAAAACUCUAAAUCACACAAAAUGAUAUAAUUUCAUAUAUUUAGGAAUCGCACAGUGCUUUUCAGGGAACUGGUAAUGGCGUUAAACUGUUUAUGGUGGUCAGCUAGUCUGUCAGGAACCUUGUAACAUUCUGGAACAGGCCGGUAGCCAAGGCUGAAACACGCAUCACUCGCCAUGUUCUGUCCCUGCUGUUUCCGUUGGCCUUCCCGCUAAUCUCUCGCCGAUUCCCCAGCUUUGAUCACUGAAGCGUUCAGCAUCAUAUUACUGUUCUAUGUGGUAUAGUCAGUCUGUAAUAGAGUGGAAUGGGACUAUGGCCGUAUAAAGCAGGUCUUGUCAUAUGGCAAGAAAACCCGCAGUCUUAUUUACGCCAUGAGAAAGACUAUAUCCAUACCCUCUGCUUACGCAUUAUGGGGGGUGGGGGGGCUUGUUGCUUGCAGGCAGCCUGGGGAGGGUGUUACCAGUGUGAUACCACUUUAAGAAGCCUGAAUACCUAUUACACCCACUAGCUGUCUAACUGCAUUGCACUGCACUGCACUGCAUUCCUAGGAGGUGGGGAUGGUGGUGCACCGGUUAGCACUGGUGCCUCCCAACUCUGGGACCAGGGUUCAAGUCUCUACAUGUGGAGUUUAUACAUUCCCCCCCCCCCGCCCCCCCCCCC